GCAGUGAAAUUGAUUUUGAGGAAGAAAUGAAAAAAAAUCAAGAUUUAGACAUGCCUAAUUCUUUAAUAACUAAAAUUAUUGAGAAUGCAAUAGGUAAUAAUCAAAUAGAGAAUAAUGCUAAAUUGGCUAUAAUAAAAUCAAUUACAUCUUUUAUAAAAUUGAUAAUUUUUCAAGCUGAACAAAAACUUAAAAAAAACAGUGGUGGAGCUUCUUCAACCUCUAUUAAUAUUGUUGCUACUACUAUUAUCGAAUCAAUUCCUGACAAUGACGUUGCUGUAUCAUUAGAAUCUAAUAGUAGCAAUAACAAUAAUAACAGUAACUCAAAGUUAAAAGAAAAAAGAUUAAAUUUUUCUUCUGAUAAUAAUAAUACUUCUACAAUUGGAACUUUUGCUGAUAAUAGCAAUAAAAAUAAAAAUAUUAGAUUAAAAGAGAAGUUAUUGGUCUUAACAAUAGCAUUAAUAACAAUAGAACAAUAG